ACGGGAGCGCGGAGAUGCUGUGGAGGCGGCGGGCGGAGCGCCGGAGGUAGCCCGUGGGCAGCGGCAGCCCAUGUGCGAGCCCUGCUCUGGGCGGGAGCCGUCUUCCCUUCAGCGCCCGCCCCCAGCACCCUGCGUCUACCCCCGGCAGCCGCGCCUCCGCCUGGGCUGUCCCCUACACCUGGGCCGCGCCCGCCGCUGCCAGGAGGAUGGCAGUACAGCCGGCCCUGGAGGCGUGUGCCUGCUCCGCGGCAGUGGGUGACGACGGCGAAGAGAUGAACGGCAGGAAGGUGGCUCUUAUCACCGGCAUCACCGGACAGGAUGGAUCGUACUUGGCCGAGUUCCUGCUGGAAAAAGGCUACGAGGUGCAUGGCAUCGUUCGUCGCUCUAGUUCUUUUAAUACAGGCCGCAUUGAGCAUCUCUAUAAGAACCCACAGGCUCACAUUGAAGGAAACAUGAAGCUGCACUAUGGUGAUCUCACUGACAGCACCUGCCUGGUGAAGAUUAUCAAUGAAGUCAAACCCUCCGAGAUAUACAACCUGGGGGCUCAAAGUCAUGUCAAGAUUUCUUUCGACCUAGCAGAAUAUACUGCUGAUGUUGACGGGGUUGGCACUUUGCGGCUCCUUGAUGCUAUUAAGACAUGUGGCCUUAUCAAUUCUGUGAAGUUCUACCAAGCCUCCACCAGUGAGCUUUUUGGAAAAGUGCAAGAAAUCCCACAGAAGGAGACCACCCCUUUUUACCCAAGAUCGCCUUACGGGGCAGCAAAACUCUAUGCCUACUGGAUUGUGGUGAACUUCAGGGAGGCCUACAAUCUCUUCGCUGUCAAUGGCAUCCUCUUCAACCACGAAAGCCCCAGGAGAGGGGCUAACUUUGUAACUCGGAAAAUUAGUCGCUCAGUAGCAAAGAUUCACCUGGGACAGCUGGAUUGUUUCAGCCUGGGCAAUCUUGAUGCCAAGAGAGACUGGGGCCAUGCCAGAGACUACGUUGAGGCCAUGUGGCUGAUGCUGCAGACGGAUGAGCCUGAGGACUUUGUCAUAGCCACUGGGGAGGUCCACAGCGUCCGUGAAUUUGUGGAGAAGUCAUUUAAGCACAUUGGGAAAACCAUCGUGUGGGAAGGGAAGAACGAAAAUGAAGUAGGACGAUGCAAAGAGACUGGCAAGAUUCAUGUGACAGUCAAUCACAAGUACUACAGGCCAACUGAAGUGGACUUUCUGCAAGGGGACUGUACCAAAGCCAGGCAGAAGCUGAACUGGAAGCCAAGAGUCACGUUUGAUGAGCUGGUGAGGGAGAUGGUGGAUGCCGACGUGGAGCUCAUGAGGAACAACCCCAAUGCCUGAACCCCAGCUGGGCCCGGCAGGAGUUGUGGGACCUGUGUCAGGGGUUGCAACUGCACGGCCAGCACUGCCAUAAGCUGCUGGGCUGGGGUGGGUGGCCACACUUCCCCACAAUGGUUUUAUUGCUAGCUUGCCUCUGAGUGAAAGCUCAGUCUUACACUCCCCUCCAUAUUCUAUACCCACCCACACAUCAUCCCAGGGUCAGCUCUGCCUGGGCUAGCUCAGGAUCUUACCGUUAACUGGGGAGGUGUCACCCUCCCCCCCAAUACUGUACCUGAAGAACCAAUCAGCCAGUAAGCCUGCUGAAUCCCUUUUUUAAAUGAAAAUUCCUCAUUCUAUUACCCAGGCCCUCCAGCACAUCUUUAGUACUUUCUCCUACUCGAAAACCAAAAGCGUUGCCUGUCCCCCAGCUCCCCUGCCCCACCUCUUUCUCCAGCAAAAGCAGCAGCAAGCCCCUGGGGCAAACGUGGCCUCUCCAUCCCUCCGGUCCUAGCUCCACCGCUUCCCCUCCUCUGCCUUUCCUGCACACUCCUUGUUUUCCUUUCCUGCAGCCUCACCUCCACCCUCAUGGCCUGUUUCCACCACUUCAGCUCUGUAAAAGUUGGAAUAACUCAACCUAACUCACAGUGAAAUCGCCUUUUGACCAUGCUGAAUUAACUCCUAAUUGCUGGAAUCGCUUUCAAACCACUCUACGGGGGCUUGUAAGCACUCUCCAGAUCUUUAUUCCAGUGUCAGCCACAGAAAGCCUUUUUGUCCAGUACUUUCCCAAUCCACAGGUUUUGGGUGAUUUGAUUUUUCUCCCCCUCCAGAAUCAACUCAUUCCCCUUCCACACUCUUCCUGCUUACUAUAGACAGAUAGAGCUUUAGCCAUCUCAAAAGAUGACUUAAGAAAUAAAAAUAAAUAAAUAAAUAAAUAA